UCAUGAAGCACGGAUGGGAGGGGGAGGAGGAGGGAGGGUCUAGCUAGCCUCUGUUUUGUUUGACAACACUUCGAACGUCAACAGGAAGUUACUCCGCUCAGGAUCGCUUAGAGAACCUUUAAUUAAUUAUGGGAAUAAAAUUUGUCCAGAAUACCAUGAGUGCAAAUGUGAUGAGGAUUUUAUACAACAGUUCAAUAAAUAAAGUUAAUAUUAUGUUAUAUUUUGGACAAAAUAUUGUCUGUUUUUAUGGAAGCUUGUUUCCGCCAAGGAAUAAAAUUAUUAAAAUGAUAAUUGCGACUGGCUUGAAACUGCAAGCUAUAAAGUCAUAAUUGCGGGAUAUAAAGUCCAAUUCUGAGGGAAAAAUGUCCGCUCACAAUUCUGACAUUGUCUGACAAUUGUGGGUUUAUAUCAUGCAAUUCUGAAAAAAAGUCAGAAUUAAAAGAUGCAAACUUAAAAUUGAGAGAAAAAAAGUCACAAUUACCUUCUUUAUUUUUAUUCAGUGGUGGAAAGAAGCUUUCAUAGUUUUGUUAUUGUCUCAAUUUUGCCAACAAAACUAUUACCUGUAAAGUGUUUCAUUUCGGAAUGAAUCCACGUUUUGAGCAAAUUAGUCGGGUGAACCAAUUAUUCAAAGGCCCUUCAUUCCUGAAUGAAUCAGCCAUUUGAAUUAAUCGAAUUUAUGAAUGACUCAAUGACUUAAUCAUUUAGAAGUUUACUGCCAACUACUGGCAGUUUUAGUUUCAAUUUCAUAUUUUGGGGAUACUUUGCACAAAAUUUGAAAAUUCUUUUUAUUUACAUUUACUCAUCCUCAUGUCGUUUCAAACAUGGACUUUCUUUCUUUUGCGGAACAUAAGAGAAGAUCUUUUGAAGAAUGUUGGUAACCAAACUGUUUUGGUCUGUAAAUAUAUCUAAAUACCAAUUCAGAUGCAGCUUCUGGAAAAAAAAUAAUAAAUCAUGGCCGUUGUAGCCAAAACUUUUAUGUGUAAUAAAUUCUAUGUUGAAUCAAAUAAAAUAUUUCUUUCCAAAGCUAUUUUUGUAAAGCUACUGCUGAUUAUAUUUAGAUGAAUUCUUAAUACAUGUCGUGUUUCCCAAUUAAUUUUAAUCUUAUUAAUCAUGAGCCAUGUCUAGUCUCACUGUGCCAAAAUGUCUUUGUAAAAUUAUCCUAAAAUAAAUGCUGCAAUGAUUUACAACUUCAACAAACCAGCAAUGUCACUACAAUAUUCAUCUGUCUCUAUGAUAUUGUAUUAUACAAAUGUUAUAUAACCUUAAAAAGAGUCCUGAGUGUUGAACAGGUAGUCACUAGAGGGAGCUAAAUCAGGUGUACCCAGUUGACUCAUUGUGACAGGAAAUAUCCACUAGAUGGCGACAUUAUCAAAUGUGGAGUUGCAUAUUCAGCUCAGCUCUAAUGACAGACGGUUCACCUUUGACCUGCUCAUACACAGGGUUGCUUUCCAUAACCUACUAAAAUGAGUAACAAAUGCAAAAUGUUUGCUAGAGCUGCCUAAUUAACUUAUUGUGUAUGCAAUAAUUGUUAUUUGUUAUAUUUAAAAAGUUAUAUUUAAAUCAUGUAACUAAUGUAGAAACAACCUUUUCCCAAAAGCUGAAAUGCUGCUGAGGGGAUAAAUGAAGACAAAGUUUAUCCAGAGGUGUUUGUUUGUUUCUUUUAGUUCUGAAAUGACAGUGAAACUCAAUUUGGGACCUGAUUAAAUUAAGCUAUUGCAAAGAUUAAUAUUCAAAAAGAGACUAAACAUUUCCAUAGCAUUAAUAAACUUAAUACACAAUUGUAUACAUGUCUUUUGUAUCACUGGUCUCUUUCAUCUUAAAUUCUUCUCAAACUGCUUUGGAUAAAAAUGAAAGAUUAAGUAAAUAUAUUUUUUUUUUUACUUAAUUUUGACAAAGAUCAGAUUAAAACUACAAAAAAAAAAAAAAAAAGUAGUUUUGGAAAGUAGUUUUUCAUUUAAAAGUGGGAAACACAUGUGCAUUGAGUUUGAAAUUUAGGAUAUAAUGAUGAUGACAAUAAUGAAAAAAAGUGAUAGUGAAUUUGAGCAAUGAUGAACUCCCAGCAGAAGUCGAGGGGAGGAGACGUUUAUGUGUAUAAAAAUCAGCUAAACAUGUUUGCCAAAGUUGGUGUCAUCCACCUCACUGGGAACAAUGCAAACCCUUUACACCGAGGAUCGAAUGAGACUGGAGUCACUCUGCUGGAAAUACCAUUGUUAGAUUAUUAUUCUAUUCUAUUUUAUUUUAUUUUUUUUAUUUUUUUUUUUCAUACAAUACAAGACUUGAUAUCUCUCCAAAGUACUUCAUAUUAUCAUGAAUCUCACAGCAAUGAACCUAUCUGAUGGCUGUCAGGAAUAUUUCUGUCCAGAGAGAUCUGUUUCUUUAUCUGUCUAUGUGAUUCUGUAUGUGGCCGCAGCAGCUGUGGCUCUUCUGACCGUGUGUGGAAACCUGCUGGUCAUCAUCUCUGUUAGUCACUUCAAGCAGCUCCACACACCUGCUAACAUCCUCAUCCUCUCUUUGGCUGUAACUGAUCUGCUGGUUGGAGUUUUUGUGAUGCCACUUCAUCUAUCUUGGCUCAUCGAGUCUUGUUGGAUUUCUGGACCACUGAUGUGCUCGGUUUUCAAUUUUGUGACUUUUCAAGCAACAAGCGUGUCUGUUCACACUGUGGCUCUAAUAGCAGUUGAUCGGUUUUUGGCUUUACGUUUACCUUUCGUUUACUCUGAGAAAAUCUCACCCACUGUGAUCUGCAUUGCAACUUUAUUUAACUGGCUGUUUUCACUCCUUUAUAACUUCACUCUUCUGUUCAUUAAUGGAAACUUCACCGAUAUCAUGUGUCCAGGAGAAUGUCUUUAUAUUGUAGAUGAGGUUUCAUCCCUCAUUGAUCUCCUGAUUGUGUUUCUUAUGCCAUGUACACUCAUCAUAAUAUUAUACACUCAUGUUUUUGUCAUUGCUAAGAAACAUGCGACUGCUAUAAGAGCCCUUCAGGUUCACAACAGCACCUCUAAAAACAGAGUCAGUGACAAAUCAGAGCGAAAAGCAGCAUUAGCUCUUGGGAUUCUGGUCUUUGUGUUUCUUUUGUGUUUACUGCCAUAUUAUAUUUUUUCUUUAACAAAUUUCUUAAGAGAUGACUCAUUUUCUAAUGUUAUCAACAGUGUUUUGAUUCUCUUUUACUUGAAUUCCUCUAUCAAUCCACUAAUUUACGCUAUGUUAUACCCAUGGUUUAAGAAAAGUUUAAAAAUAAUUCUAACUCUUAAAGUAUUCAACACAGACUCCUCUCUGAUGAAUGUGCUCUCUUUAAUCUCUUAAUAUGGAAUAAUGUCAAACAAAUGUCUUACCUUUUUUGCUUUUUAAUUGUUUGAGUUUUUCCUGAUGUUCUUUUUCAUCAUUAUUGUUAAAAUAUGAUUAUUUGUAUAUUUUGAUGAAUAAAACCAGGCAUGUUAUACAAGAA